AGAUGCAGAGCUCCCAGCAGCAGCUGGACGAGUCACUCGACAAUCGGUACAACAUCCGGGAGCAGGUACUCGACGACGGUAUGGUGUCCGAGCUCGGGAUCUCGCACACGUACCGCCAAGACACCGGGGUGUACGUGUGCCAGGCGUCGAACGCGUUCGGCCAGGACGAGAUGACGAUCCACCUGGUGAUCCAGGAGGUGCCGGAAGCGCCGAAGAACCUGCGCAUCAACUCGCAGCAAUCGCGCACGCUGCAGCUCUCCUGGAGCCAGCCGUUCGCUGGGAACAGCCCGAUCGAGAAGUACAACGUCGAGUACAAGCUGGUGGCGGACGCGUGGCAGUCGGCCGAACACAUCACCGUGGCCGGCACCCAAACCGUGAUCACGCUCCAGAACCUGAAGCCGGCCAAGGCGUACCACCUGCGCAUCUCGGCCGAGAACAAGCUCGGCGCGUCCGAGUACUCCGAGGUGAUCCAGGUGACGACGCUCGAGGAGGUACCCUCGGGGCCGCCGCUCAACAUCAAGGGUGAACCGAAAAGUUCGACCGAAAUCUUCCUCUCCUGGGAGGCCCCGGAUCGGGACCAGUGGAAUGGCAAUCUGCUCGGUUACUACGUCGGCUAUCAGGUCGCUUCUAGUCCGAACGAUCGCGAAAUUAACCCCACGCAGGGUUUCAACUUUAAAACGGUCGAGGUGCGCACCCACUUCGGGGGCGAAACGACACUCCAGAGCCUGGCCAAGUGCACCACGUACAACAUCGUGGUCCAGGCGUACACCAGUCAGGGCAGUGGGCCACCGAGCAAGGAGAUUGCGCUCGGGACGCUCGAGGAUGUGCCCUCGAGUGCACCCGACAGCCCCAAGUGUGACGUGCUGAGUUCAACCUCGAUCUACAUCACCUGGUCGCCACCGCCGGCCGACGGCCAGAACGGCAAGAUCCGUGGCUACAAAGUGUCCUACAUCGAGAUGGAUGACCUCUACGAGAAGGAACCGUACACAUCGAAGACCAACAACCAGUACCUGACGCUGGAGAGCCUGAAAAAGUUCACCAACUACACGUUCUGGGUGCUGGCAUUUACCAAGGUCGGCGAUGGUGUGCGGACCAGCCCGUUCCACUGCAUCACUCAGGAAGAUGCUCCGUCGGCACCGCAAGCCCUGAAGGCGGUGCCUUCUUCGAGCUCUAAAAUCAUCAUUUCCUGGUUACCACCGACCCACCGGAAUGGCAUCAUCACCGGGUACACGUUCUACAUGGCGCUGGUGGACGGCGGUCGGGACGAGGGCGCCCACAAGCGCACGCUGGUCCCGUACGCCGAGAGCCACGAGACCGUACGGCUCCAGGAGCACGCCACCUACCAGUUCUGGCUGACGGCAUCCACCAAGGUCGGGGAAGGUGAAAAGUCCGAGGUGAUUACGGUGCCCCCGAACAACAAGGUUCCGGCCCGGAUCGUGUCGUUCAGCCAGGAGAUCGUGACACCGUGGAAGGAAACGCUGGUGCUGCCGUGCCGGAAGGUGGGCGUUCCGGCUCCGGUUACGAUCUGGCGUCAAGACGAUCAGCCGAUGGACACGGGGACGCGCAAACUGAUUGCCAAGAACGGCACCCUGUACAUCAAGGACUGCCAGCACACGGACGCGGGCAACUAUACGUGCAGCGUGGAGAAUAUCUGGGGCCGGGACGAAAUCGUUUACCACAUCCGGAUCAAGGUACCACCGGAUCCGCCGGCCCUGACGAUCGUUAACACGUACACGGACAGCUUGCUGCUCGAGUGGACGGACAAUCGGAAUGGAGGAUCACCGAUCCUCGGGUACGUGAUCAACUACAAGCGAGAGAGUGGCGAUUGGGAGGAGCUACAGAUCGACUCCAAGACCAAUACGCACCUGCUGGUCAAUCUGUGGUGUGGCACCCGGUACCAGCUGUACAUGACGGCGUACAACAAGAUCGGCACCGGGCUGCCCUGUGACAUCGUCCACUCGAACACGAAGGGUCUGUCGCCGGUCCAGCCGAAGCACUCGCAGAUGAUCACCAACAACUCGACGAGCGUGACCUGCUGGCUGGACUCGUGGGGUGACGGUGGCUGCGGGAUCCUGUAUUUUUCCAUCGAGAACCGGUUGUACGGGCGGGCCCAGUGGAAUAUGGUGGCCAGCCACGUGGAAGCGACGGAGCGUAUCUUCACCGUGACCGAGCUGCAGCCAGCCACCAAGUACCAGCUGCGGGUCACGGCCUACAACAACGCCGGGGCUACGAUGGCGGUGUACAACUAUACCACCCUGACCGUGCAGGGAGUUAUGGUGUAUCCGGAUCUGGCGAACCCGGUGUCGCCGCAUAUGGGCGAGAAUCCGUUUUACGCCAACUUCAAAGUCAUCCUGCCGCUCUGUCUGUCCAUCCUUAUCCUGUUCGCCCUGGUGGCGGCGGCACUGCUCAUCCGGAAGCGAAAGCUGAACAACCAGAACCGCAUCCCGUCGACGUCGAUGUCGGAGUCACCGUCGAUCGCGAACAUCCAGAACAAGCAGAACCGCGAUCAGCAGUAUCUGGCGGUGAGGGCACAGCAGACGAGCCGCAACAGCAACUCGGUCGAGUCGGGCAGCUACAAAGCCGAGGGAAAUGAGUAUAUUGAAGACAUUUGCCCGUAUGCUACCUUUCAGCUGAACAAGCAAACGUACAGCGAAAGUUCAUACAGUGGAAAUGUCUACAGUGGACCGUAUCACUCGGUAAGAGGAUCAUUUGUGUAUCAUGAUGUAAAAACCGAAAACUAUCAUAGCAAAGAGCCCGAGUACACGAAAGUGCGCAGAAAGGGCGGGUCUCGGUUGCGAGAUCCGGCCACCUCGGAACCAAUAGAUAUAAACCAAUUUAUAGAAUCAGACAAUCCCGGAUCCACAGAUUCUGAAGUUAGGAAGAUACUAACACUUCAUAUACCGAUUACAGAAUAUGAUACACUCGGUUCCGAAUCCGACAAUGAUAUGGCCUCGCGCUCUAAUCAGUCCAACUACCGUCACCAUCGUGACACGCAAGACGAAACGUCUUCGUCUUCCGAAAACUCGCCCUCGAGUAUAUCGAGGAAAUCCAAAAAACCACCCUAUCCACCGAGAAAGUCUGCCAAAGCACAGUCGCAAAACCUCCCGAAGCGGCACGUGCGUAGCUCUAGCGGGUACUCUAGCCACAACGAAGAAACUACUUUCAGCAUAUCGAACUAUCCUAACUACACCGAUCACAUAACGCCGCCGGCCCGCUUUUCGGACCUGCUCGGGCGGGACGCCACGCUCGCCGUGUCGUCCGUCAACCCGUCCAGCCUCGGCAGCGCCACGGAGAUCGGCAGCAACGCUGUCGGCAAAAAGUCAAGCAACCAUUCGCCGCGGCCCCGUGCCAACCAGAAGCUGCAGCGGGAAGCGUUCCAAAUCAACGUGUAA